UUACCCACUCCAGUCAGCAGAUGGCGAUGAGCGUCUUUCAGCUGACUCUUCUUGCGUGACGUAUAAUGGACUGGACGGACGCUUCUUCAGGAACAACAAGGCGCCAACUCUUUCAACCACGUCGGUAGCUUGCUAGCCAACAUAAAAGUGAAAGAUUGACGCUUUAGACCAUCUUAAUGUACAUUAUCUAAUCUCAGUGUUUUAAACACAGUUCUGUUGACGUAUUAACUGGUUAACUGUAACCUAAUUUGCAAACUUGUUAAAGAUUUAUGCUGAGCCUAGCACUAGGCUAGUCGCUAAUGCUAACUAGCUAGCUAACAUCCCUGACCAUGAGUUCAUUAAAGUACUCAUCCCCUGCUAUAGAAGAGGAGGUCUGCUGUUUGGAGAAAGAAGUUCUGGCGCUGAACAUUGAAGAAGAGGAUGAGGUUACAGUGAAAGAAGAAAGAACAUUUUAGAAUGAAAAAGGAGGAAGAGGAGACUGUUAUAGUGAAGGAAGAAGAUGCUGUUAUAGUGAAAGAACAUUUCAGAAUGAAAAAGGAGGAAGAUGAGACUGUUAUAGUGAAGGAAGAAGAUGCUGUUAUAGUGAAAGAACAUUUCAGAAUGAAAAAGGAGGAAGAGGAGGCUGUUAUAGUGAUAGAAGAGAAAGAACCGUUUAGAGAGGAAGAGGAUGCUAUCUCAAUAAAAGUGAAGAAGGAAGACGUUUUUGGAGUGAAAGAGGAGACAGAAUAUCAGAUUAACACCAGAGAGAGACAUGACUAUGGUGGAUCCUCUGGGGAGCUUCAACAACAUCCUGAUGCUGACGAGGCAGAGAAGAGUCUCUCCAGAUCAGAACACCAGAUGGACAACACUAGCCCUUCCUCCCUCCCGGAGUCCCUGUAUCGUGCCUCUCCCGGUAGCACCUUACUGGUGGGUAUGAAGAGGUUGUCUGUGCUGCUGGUGGACUGCAGGAAAACAACGGGGCUGAGUGGAACUGUGGGAGGAGGAGAAGAGAAGAAAGGAUCAGAUUUGACACAUCAAAGAGAAAUGCCAGACUCGGAGGAACCAGAGCCAGGGACGUCCAAACUAGCAAGGCGACACCACUGCUCCCAGUGUGGUAAGAGUUUUAACCAGAAAGGACACCUAAAACACAUGAGACUGCACACGGGGGAGAAGCCUUACCACUGCUCCCAAUGUGGAAAGUGUUUUACCCAGAAAGGACACCUGAACCAACACAUGAGACUGCACACAGGGGAGAAGCCUUACCACUGCUCCCAGUGUGGAAAGUGUUUUACCCAGAAAGGACACCUGAACCAACACAUGAGACUGCACACGGGGGAGAAGCCUUACCACUGCUCCCAAUGUGGAAAGAGUUUUAACCAAUCAGGGGGCCUGAAACGACAUGAGAGAAUACACACAGGGGAGAAGCCUUACCACUGCUCCCAAUGUGGAAAGUGUUUCAACCAGAGAGGAAACCUGAAACAACAUGAGAGAAUACACACAGGAGAGAAGCCUUACCACUGCUCCCAGGGUGCAAACCAUUUGCCCAUCACAGUGCUCCCGUUGUCUUAUAUUGUUGACUGACAAUGUGUUUACCUGUCUUUACCAUAUGAAAUUAAAUGGUACAGGGUAUACUCAAACAUAUAUUUGUUUGUUUUUAUUAGAAAACAUGAAGUGAAUAUUGGAGUAUGUCAGUUUGAAUAUAAAGAAAUCAGGUUCCUUCUUUUAAACUGUCCUUUUUUUAAACUCUUUGUGUGUGUUUAUCUGGGUGUGUCAUUCCUCCAGCACUACAGAUAAUCAAGUGAUAUUUGGAUGUGAUGCAUUAGUUCCAUUGUUGACAUUUGCAUUGUUGGCCCACUGAUGAUUUAAUGAAAUGAAAAUGUUCAGACUCUGUAAUGGAAAAUGUUAAUUGUUUGUGUGUCCACAAAACUGAGUAUGUGACUAACCUUGUGAAACUGUCCUAUUUUAAGCUCCUGUUUUUGGGACUAUCAUCUUGUGUUGCAAACCAAUUUACACCUGUGUCCUUGUAUGAAUAAAGUCCCGCCCAGGAACAGGAAACUAUAAAGAUAUUUGCUAAUCACUCAAUGCUUCAGGAAUUCAGACUGUCUACACUGCGCUGUGUAACUCUGUUAUUCUCUCUGAGCUCAGAAAUAAAGAAUCUUGGUUUGA